GGCCCUCGCCCCCAUCUUUGCUCGGCCGGACGCGGCGUGCCCCCACACCCUCGGCGAUUCCGACUCCGACAGUUCAGAAAAUCGCCGCGGCGCCGGUCCAUCUGCGGCGACCCUUUGACUUCCUCCCUCCACAGAACCCAGCAAUCCGCUGAUCUCAACUGCCUGUUCCUGGGCACCCCCGAUCCGGCGACGAUGGAGGGCGGCGGCGACGCCUUCGGGUCCUCGACGGCGCCGCUGGCCUGGCACGACUUCCUCGAGCGCAUGCGCCAGCCCUCCGCCGCCGAGUUCGUCAGGUCCAUCAAGAGCUUUAUAUUGACUUUCUCGAACAGAGCUCCUGAUCCAGAAAAAGAUAGUGCAUCUGUUCAAGAGUUCCUGGAAAACAUGGAAGGUGCUUUCAGAGCACACACUCCUUGGGCUGGCAGUUCAGAUGAAGAACUAGAGAGUGCUGGUGAGGGACUUGAGAAAUAUGUUAUGACAAAGCUGUUCAAUCGGGUAUUUGCUUCGGUCCCAGAAGAUGUGAAGAGUGAUGAAGAGCUUUUUGAGAAAAUGUCUUUGCUACAACAGUUUAUAAGGCCUGAAAAUUUGGAUAUAAAACCAGAGUAUCAGAAUGAAACAUCUUGGCUGCUCGCGCAGAAGGAACUGCAGAAGAUAAAUAUGUAUAAGGCUCCAAGGGAUAAGCUUUCUUGCAUCCUAAACUGCUGUAAAGUCAUCAAUAACUUACUGCUAAAUGCUUCUAUUGUAUCCAAUGAUAACCCCCCAGGAGCCGAUGAAUUCCUUCCAGUCCUCAUCUAUGUUACCAUUAAGGCUAAUCCUCCACAGCUGCACUCAAAUCUGUUAUACAUACAGAGAUAUAGACGGCAAACACGAUUGGUGUCAGAGGCUCAAUACUUUUUUACAAACAUACUGUCUGCUGAGUCUUUCAUAUGGAACAUUGAUGGGGAAUCACUGUCUAUGAAUGAGCUAGAUUUCCAAAGGAAGAUGGAUUGGGCAAGGGAGCGCCUGUUGGGAUUAUCAGCUGACUUGGAAAAUCGGGAUAAUCAAGCCAAUCCUGAUGUCCAAGAGCGGAGAUCACAAAAUCUUAAAGCUAAUAGGAGUUCUGAUGUUAGCUUAUCCUUGAAAGACCCCAUCCAAGGCUCAGGACAGGACAUGAGAAGGGACAAUGAUGUGAGUGUGGGUGGUAAACCAGUUGAACGGGUGCAAUCUGUUUCUGAUUUAGAGAAGAAAGGAGCUACUGAACUCCUCAAUGAUGAUGACUUGAACAAAAAGUUCCAGGAGUACCCGUACCUAUUUGCCCGUGCUGGUGACCUGACCAUUGCUGAUGUUGAAAGCCUCUUGAAUUCUUACAAGCAACUAGUAGUUAGGUACGUAGCACUUGCACAAGGUAUGGGUGUCAGCCCUGAAACUACUCUUGCUCAGACCGCUCAAACGUCAUCUGAUCUUGUAGCAUCUGAGGAGCCUGAGAAUGUGAGUAGUGUGGUAAAUAACAAUGAUAACAGUGAAGGAGUUAGCAAAACUUCUGAUGAUGUUGCAAGUGAAAACUAUCAUACAGAAGCAUAUGAACAAAUGACCCAGAAAACCGCUGUUGGCUCCAGUGAUGAUCCAAAGGUAACAAAGGAUGAAGCAUUGCAUCAUCCUGAGAAUGCAUGACCUGUUUGGUCGAAAGCCCAGCUGAAUUGGGGAUACAAGGGGGAAGUACUCUGAAGUUUGAAUACCCCGAGAUAAUGACCAGGAAACAGAGUACAUGUUUCCCCUGAGCGGGUAUGCAGCAACUCUUGGAGCCACAAAUGUGCAUGCUGGAAGCUUGAAUGCAGAUAUUCCGCAUUGUGGGAGAUUAAUCCAUUCUGCCGAAGCUGUUCUUAGAUCCAAAUGCUUGUUCAUUGCAUUGUAGUUCUUGGCUCUGUUGUAAGUUUUGUUUUUGGUGAACACACCUUCCUUUUCUUUCCCUUAAAACUAAUACUUUUGUAACUAGAAUUUCUUAAGUCAAGCUAGUUCAUGCCAAAAUUUAUAUUCAGAGGAAACAGUAUGAAAAUUCCAUGAGCUUAUGGGGCCAUGGAGGCAUCUGCCCGUGCUUCUU